AUAACCGCCUGACGCACGUGCCGGAGGCGCUGCGGGAUCUUCGCCUGCUGAAAGUGCUCGACCUCGGCAACAACUACAUAUCGAGCGUCCUAGGCUCGCAGGUGUCCGGCAUGGAGCAGCUGGUGAACCUCCGUCUCGAGGGCAACGUGAUGACCAGCGUGACGCACGACGUCCUCAGCGCCCUGCCGCACGUCAGGGUCCUCAACUUGGCCAACAACCGCAUCCGCAAGGUGGAGCCGGGAGCGUUCGAGUCGAACGGCGCGAUGGAGGCGAUCCGGCUGGACGCUAACCAGCUGACUGAAAUGAGCGGUCUGUUCACCGGCCUCUCGCGUCUGCGCUGGCUCAACGUCAGCGACAACAGGAUCGGUCGCUUCGACUACGCGUCCGUGCCGCGGGGCCUCGCUUGGCUGGACCUGCACAAGAACGAGAUUAGUGAGCUGGAGAACCGCGAAGACAUCGCCGACCAGAUGUCCAUCAGGACGCUCGACGUCAGCUUCAACAGGCUGACGAAGCUAAGCGCCAAAAACCUGCCGAAGAGCGCCGAGCUGCUGCUCCUGAACGACAACUUGAUCACGUCCGUCGAGCACUACACCUUUUUCCUGAUGGCCAACCUCUCACGCGUGGACCUGUUUGCCAAUCAGAUCACGCGCAUGGACCUGAACGCACUGAGGCUGAACAUGCCGAACGGAACGGAGACCGUCGCGAAGUUCUACAUUGGUGGGAAUCCUUUCAUCUGUGACUGCACACUUGAGUGGUUGCAAAGGUACAACAUGAUCAACCUCUUCCUCCACUACCCUCGCAUCAUGGACCUGGAGAGCAUCUACUGUCGCCUCAUCUACAACCGAGGUCGCAGCUACGUGCCGCUGGUAGACGCUGACGCAUCCAUGUUCCUGUGCCCGUACAAGAGGCACUGCUUCACCACCUGCCACUGUUGCGACUUCGACGCCUGUGACUGUGAGAUGACGUGUCCGGACAAGUGUCGCUGCUUCCACGACCAGUCCUGGUCCUCGAACAUCAUCGACUGCUCCAACAACGACUUCGAGGAGAUCCCCUCCCGCCUUCCGAUGGAUGCCACCGAGGUCUACUUGGACGGCAACGUCUUCAGAAAUCUCUCCGGCCUCACGUUUCUGGGCAGGAAGAACCUGAAGGUUUUGUAUUUGAAUGGCUCCAAAAUCGAGUUCAUUCACAAUCAGACUUUCGCCGGUCUGUCGCAGCUCACGAUCCUACACCUCGAAUCGAACCUGGUCACCGAGUUCCACGGCCAAGAGUUCGUGGGCCUGGAGCGGCUUCGCGAACUGCACCUGCAGGACAACCAGCUGGCGCACGUGGAGAACGACACAUUCGAACCGCUCCGACAGCUGGAGGUGCUCCGACUCGACGGCAACCGGCUGACGGACUUCUCGGCGUGGGAGCUGCAGAAGAACCCCUACCUGGUGGAGAUCGGACUGACCGGCAACCCCUGGACGUGCGCGUGCCACUACCUACGCCGCAUCCAGCGCUGGCUGUCCGCCAGCGCCAAGAAGGUGGUCGACGUCGGCUCGCUGACCUGCUGGUUUGACGCGGCGGGGCCGGGCCGCCCGAUCCGCGGCGGCAACGAGACCUGCUACACGACUGACGCGCGGAUGACCGUGCCGGGCGCCGGCGCCGCCGUCUACCUGCCGCUGCUGGUCGCCGCGCUGGUCGUGCUUUGCCUGCUGGCAUGCCUGGCGGUCGUCGUGUUCGUGUACCGCGGGGAGCUGCGCGUGUGGAUCUACUCGCGCUGCGGCGUGCGCGUCUGCUACCGCUCGGCGCUGGACGAGGAGCACGAGCGCCUGUUCGACGCCUUCGUCAGCUACAGCGACCGCGACAAGUCGUUCGUGCAGCAUGUGCUGGCGCCGAAGCUAGAGCACGGCGAGCCGCCGUACCGGCUGGCGCUGCACUACCGCGACUUCGCGCACAGCGCGUACCUGGCCGACACGAUCGUCGAGGCGGUCGAGUCGAGCCGCCGGACAAUCAUGGUGCUUUCGAAGAACUUCAUCGAGAACGAGUGGUGCCGCUUCCAGUUCAAGUCGGCGCACCACGAGGUGCUCAAGGACCGCCAGAAGCGGCUGAUAGUGAUCCUCCUGGGUGACAUUCCGCUCCGGGACCUGGACCCCGACCUGAGGUUGUACCUCAAAACCAACACGUGUAUUAGCUGGGACGACAAGCUGUUCUGGGACAAGCUGCGCUUCUCCAUGCCCGAUGUCAAGAACAAUCUCCGCGCGCUGAGAUCUGUCUCGCACUACUCGGAGAUCAACGAGGCCAAAUACUACCGACGCAGUCCAAACACCAUGGAGAGCUUAUGGGGAUGAGGUGCGCUAAACGAGCUGCAGAUGAACACUGUGAUAGACGAGGGGCCUGGACCGCCGGCGCCCAGCCAGCGCUGGCCAUCGCCGAGGCAGGGCAUUGCCCUACGUGAGCAUCCGCGGAACGGAGGUGCCCGCGCGGCGGCCGCACGCGCGCUCUCCACCAAUCAAAACACGGCCGCCAUCCGACCGACCGCGGCUUGUUUUACUUUUGAGGGGAAUCUCAGGGAUUGUGUGCACCCGGCGUCGGGGAGCGUGUCGGUUCAUGUCUCGUUCUGGAGCGCUUGUACGCUUGUGUUGCAUUUCCGAGCAAGUUGCUAGCAUUCGCUGUUGUUCGGUCGAUCGUGCCGCACUGUCGCCUCCGCUCCGCAACGACGCUGCUGAUCUGAGCCAGCCGAUGGGUCGUCGUCGGCGGGAUGUUCGCCUGUUCUUCAUUAUUCUAGUCACUCAUGUGCGGUCCCGUAUCAGUGUAAAUAUAUCCUGUGAUAUGUACCGAAAUAUAAGCAUCCAAUCGACGAUG